GCACCCAAAGAUCACCAUUCGCCAAAUCUCCUAAACAUGGCAUCAAAAGGCUACUUACUCCUAGGCCUUCUUGUUCUUCUUGUCUCAUUCAGUUACAGCAAUGCUGCUACUGCUAUGUCCCCUUCCUACGAAAUUUCUUCAUUCAACCGAAGCAGUUUCCCCUCAGAUUUCUAUUUCGGGGCUGCUUCAGCUUCUUACCAGUAUGAAGGUGCAGUAACAGAAGGUGGUAGAAAACCAAGUAUGUGGGAUUAUUACUCCCACAAAUAUCCAGGGAUGAUAGCAGACGGUAGUAAUGGAGAUGUAGCCAUCGAUCAAUAUCAUCGCUACAAGGAAGACAUUGCGAUUCUGAAGGACAUGGGUGGAAAUGCAUACAGGUUCUCAAUCGCAUGGGUCCGAAUCAUACCAACUGGAAAGCUUAGCGAUGGUGUGAACGCGGAAGGAGUUGCAUACUACAACAAUCUCAUUAAUGAGCUCAUAGCCCAAGGUCUUACGCCCUUUGCGACAAUCUUUCACUGGGAUAUUCCGCAGACUUUAGAAGAAGAGUAUGGUGGUUUUCUGAGUGAAAAAGUCUUGCCUGAUUUCACGGACUUCGCGGAAGUUUGUUACAAGGAGUUUGGCGAUAGGGUAAAGCAUUGGAUCACACUAAAUGAGCCAUGGACGUACAGCAAUGGUGGAUACGCACAAGGGAUGUUAGCACCUUUCCGAUGUUCCUCCUUUUAUAAUGCGAAUUGCACCGGUGGGGAUUCCGCCGUCGAGCCUUAUGUGGUUACCCAUAACCUUCUUCUUGCUCAUGCUCAAGCUGUUAAAGUGUACAAGGCCAAAUAUCAGGCAGCACAAAAUGGUUAUAUCGGGAUAACCCACGUGUGCUACUGGAUGGAGCCAUACUCUAACUCAGCCGAAGACCGUAACGCCUCGUACCGUGCCCUUGAUUUUAUGUGCGGAUGGUUCAUAGACCCUAUGAUAACUGGUGACUAUCCGGCGAGCAUGAGAUCUCUGGUUGGAUCGCGUUUACCCACUUUCACUGCAAAUCAAUCGGCGAUGAUUAAGGGCGCAUAUGAUUUUAUCGGAUUGAAUUACUAUACCGCUAAUUAUGUUGCCUACGCACCUUCAUAUCAAUAUGUCAACAAAACCUACAUGACAGAUGGUCUUGUUAAUCAAACAACUUCUCGCAAUGGCGUCCAAAUUGGUCCAUCGACUGGUUCAUCUUGGCUGAAAAUUUAUCCUAGAGGACUUCAAGAUCUUUUGAACUACUUCAAGUAUAAGUACAAUGAUCCGGAGAUUUAUAUUACUGAGAAUGGAGUUUCUGAGGUCGAUAACUCUACCUUAUCGCUUGAAGAAUCUCUUGUGGACAACCAAAGAAUUGAAUAUUAUUAUGGCCAUCUUGCCUAUCUUAACAAGUCAAUUAAUGAGGACGGUGUGAAGGUGAAGGGAUACUUCGCUUGGUCUCUCAUGGACAACUAUGAAUGGAACUCGGGUUAUACAGUACGUUUUGGCCUCUAUUACAUAGAUUAUAAUAAUAACCUGACAAGGCACGCUAAACUAUCGGCCAAUUGGUUCAAGAACUUCCUCCUGAGCUAGAACAAGCUGAAGAUGCUCGAUCGUAUUGGACGGUGAAAAUGGUUCCAUCUAUGUAAUUGCUCUCUAAAUAAUGUCCGAACUUUUGGGUACGGACUCCAAUGCUUGUUAAAUAAUGAAGUGCUGUGUGCCUAUGCGAUUAAAAAAUAAGGUCUAAGCAAUGAGUACUACAGGCAUAGUCUGCCGUCUUUUAUUA